AUCAGAUUAAACACAGAAAGUAAAUGUAAACUCUGAAUCAGCAAUAUUCACCUAGUUCCCACAAGAAAACUGAUCAUGGCAGCAACACUGCAACAAAUUACUACGAUAACUGGAGUGGAACUCGAGCCACCUCCUCCAUCUUUGAAGGUAGAAUUCCAAACCCUAUUGACACCAGAAGCGAUCCAAUUCCUAGCAGAAUUGGUCUCUACUUUUGAUGCAGAUGUUGAUGAGAUACUACGGUUGAGAAUCAAUACGAAGCUGGAACUGGAUCGUCGUGGUGGACUUCCUGAGUUUUUGCCCCAUACCUCACACAUCCGAAAGGAUGAAUCCUGGAGAGUUGAGCCAGUCCCUCGGAGGUUGCAGAACAGGCACAUUGAUCUUGGUGAUGUGUCUCCAGCCAACACUGAACAUUUCACCAAAGCCUUAUGUUCCAAUGCACAGGGCAUUCAGACAGAUUUUGAUGAUGGUCACUGUCCAACCUACUUUAAUCAAAUCCAAGGUCUUUUCAAUGUGUACAAGGCAGUUCACAAUCAGAUUGCAGAUGUACCACCUAUUUCAAAGGCACCCAUUCUAAUGCUGAGGCCUAGAGCGUGGAACAUGGUUGAACACAACAUGCUGGUCAACGGAAAGGAGGUGCCUGGCCCACUGUUUGACUUUGGAUUAUUGAUGUACCACAAUGGGCAAAUUUUAUUCGAAAAUGAAUGUGGUCCUUUCUUUUAUCUGUCAAAGGUUGAAAGCCAUUUGGAGGCCAAAUUGUGGAACAAUAUAUUUGUUUGGGUUCAAAAGAAGUUGGGUUUGCCAAUUGGAUCUAUCAAAGCCACUGUCUUAAUAGAAAGUAUCUUGGCUACGUUUGAGAUGGAGGAGAUUCUUUAUGAGCUGCGAGCCCAUUCUGCUGGGUUGAACUGUGGCAUCUGGGAUUACUCAGCCUCUUUCGUGAACAAAUUUGGAUGUCGUCAAGAGUUCCUCUUACCAGAUCGCAGUAAAUAUGUGAAUAUGGAGAAACAGUUUUUGAAGAGUUACAUGGAUCUUCUGGUAAAGACUUGUCAUAAGCGAGGUGCUUUGGCAACUGGAGGAAUGGCAGCACUGUUACUGCCCCAAGACAAGGGGAGCUUGGCCUACCAGAGAGUAACAGCAAUUGUCACACGCUUGAAGCUGCUUGAAAUAAAUGCUGGAGUUGACGGAUUCAUGGUGUAUGAUAUGGACCUGAUUGAGCCAAUGACAAAGCUUUUCUUGGAACACACAAAGGGACACAAUCAGCUGCAUAUCCUAAGAAAAGAUGUGGAUGUGACAGCUGGUGAUCUGCUCACCAUGCCUUCUGGUGGGGUUACCCUGCAUGGACUAAAAUACAACAUUGGAGUUGGCAUUCUCUUCAUUGAAGCUUGGCUAAGAGGCCAAGGUCACUUUUAUUUUCGGGGUCAAGUGGAGGAUUCAGCUACUGCAGAAAUUUCCCGAUCACAGGUUUGGCAGUGGAUUCGACAUGGAGUAAAAUUGGAGGAUGACAACAGAGUUGUCACCAGGAACCUUGUACACAUGCUUGUAAAGGAAUUAGGACCGGACCUACAGGAGGUUUUGGGCUGCUACACUGACAGCUGCAAACGACGACUUACUGUUGCUUCUGAAAUGUUCCUUGAAAUUGUGCAAAAACGAGAUUUCCCAGAAUUCCUCACCACAUACCUGAACUUGGAACACACAUUUUUAAGUGCAAACCAUUAAUUCCAUAGAAUCCGUAUUCAACAAUGCAAGAUAGUUAUUCCAGCAAUGUUUUUGUAUGCAAAAGCAAGUGAUUACAAAUGGCAAACUUUACAAAGGACUUCAAAUAAAUUUUUCAAAAAUCUCA